AUGAAUCUAUAUAUCUCUGUUUCUCACCUUUGGGAGGAAAUGAAGUUGAAUCAUCUGGCUAAAUAUGGGGUAAUAGCUGCAGCUACAGUUAUUAGUUUGACUUUGAUGAGAAAGUGGAUUGCAGGUGGAGUUUGUUACAGUGGUGCACGAUUAGAUGGCAGAACUGUUGUUAUCACUGGUGCCAACUCUGGCAUUGGAAAAGAGACAGCACGGGAUAUGGCUAAGAGAGGAGCACGUGUCGUGCUGGCUUGUCGAGACCUUUCAAGAGCAGAGAAAGCUGCAGAAGAAAUACGUUGCUCCACAGGAAAUGGUAACAUGGUGGUACGGCAUUUGGACUUGGCCUCCUUCUUCUCGGUACGAAAAUUUGCACAGGAAUACAUCGCCACAGAAGACCGAUUGGACAUACUCAUCAACAAUGCUGGAGUGAUGAUGUGUCCCCACAGUCUAACAGUGGAUGGGUAUGAAACUCAGUUUGCUGUCAACCAUUUGGGCCAUUUCCUGUUGACUGUUUUGCUCCUGGACAUGCUGAAGACAUCUGCCCCUAGCCGCGUAGUCAAUGUGUCCAGCAUUGCUCAUAAAGGGGGAAAGAUCCACUUCAAUGAUCUCAACUUCGCCAAAACAUCAUAUGACUCCUUGGUUAGCUACAGGCAGAGCAAACUUGCAAACGUGCUCUUCACCAGAGAGCUAGCACGUCGGACCAAAGGUUCUGGAGUAACAGUGUAUGCGCUGCACCCUGGAGUGAUCCACACUGAAUUGGGGCGGUAUGUACAGACACGCCAUCCUGUGCUCAGCACCCUUUUAUUCAUUCCUGCCCUCCUCCUGAUGAAGACCCCGAAGCAGGGAGCUCAGACCUCUAUCUACUGUGCUGUUACUGAGGGACUGGAAAACUACAGUGGUUGCUACUUUAGUGAUUGUCAGCUGAAGGAUCCAGCACUAGAGGCUAAAGAUGACCUCACUGCAAUCAGACUUUGGGAUGUGAGUUCUGAACUGGUAGGCUACAAAGAAGAGGACUGA